AUGAAAUUUACUUUUCAAGCACGCAUCUAUUCAAUCAAUCCGUCCAUCUCAUUUGUCACCAUGGGCAAAAACUUCCUGAUUGUGUUAAGCUUGCUAAAUGCCGCAUUGGUGGCGACAUCCGUAGGCGCGGAGCAAUCAGACGAAGUAUCCACCUACAUCGUGCACGUCGUGCACGCCCAUGCAGCAAACACGGCACACCUUGCUCAUGCCCACUAUACGUCCUUCCUUCAAAGGAUUCUUCCUUCCCACAUGCAUAGCGGGUCAUCACCUAGGCUCGUCUAUGCCUACUCCCAUGCCGCCACGGGCUUCGCGGCAUGCAUGACGAAGCACCAGGCCGCGCACAUCGCGGACCACCCUGGUGUCCUCGCCAUCUACCCCGACGAGCAUCUCCAACUGCACACCACUCAGUCUCCCUCCUUCCUCCGUCUCUCACCGUCCGUUGGCCUCGUACAGGCAUCAAACGGCGGCGGCACGGGCGCGGUGAUCGCGAUCUUGGACACUGGCAUUUAUCCCAAGGGCCGCAAAUCCUUCACCGCUGACUCGUCGUUUCCUCCACCACCUCGCACCUUCCGUGGUCAUUGUGUCUCCACUCGCUCGUUUAAUGCCACCGCCUACUGCAACAACAAGCUCGUCGGCGCAAAGUUUUUCUAUAAAGGGCACGAGGCCAAGAUGGGUCACCUGAUCAAUGAGACACAAGAGUCCAAGUCACCUCUCGACACCGAAGGCCACGGCACGCACACUGCAUCUACCGCCGCUGGUUCAGCGGUCCCUGGCGCUAACUUUGUUGGCUAUGCCAAUGGCACCGCCCAAGGCAUGGCUAUACGUGCACACAUUGCAUCCUACAAAGUAUGCUGGAGAGAUGAUGGAAAUGCAUCGUGCGCUACCUCUGACAUUCUCGCCGGAAUGAAUGAGGCAAUUGCAGAUGGAGUAGAUGUCAUAUCCCUUUCCUUGGGUGGUCUAAAGCCACAACUCUACAACGAACCCACCUCCCUUGGCGCAUUCAAUGCCAUCCGUAGAGGCAUAGUCGUGUCCACCUCCGCUGGAAAUGAUGGCCCUGGCACGUAUACUGCUAAUAACCUCGCACCAUGGGUGAUAACGGUUGGCGCAUCAAGCAUUGACCGUCGGUUCCCAGCUCACGUUGUCCUUGGACAUAAUCGCGGAACCUACAUCGGCACCUCGCUGUAUUUCGGCCAAAACACAGCCGGUUCAUUUCUACCUCUAGUGUACGGUGGUGAUGCUGGUUCUGCUCUGUGUGAAUACGGGAUGCUUUCCAGCAACAUGGUCACCGGAAAGAUUGUCCUCUGCUAUGGCACAAAAAAUACUACCAACCCCAUAGUGCAAGAAGCUGCUGUCCAACAAGCCGGUGGUGUUGGUGCCAUCAUUUCAAUUGCUCCAGAAUAUGGUGAUUUCUUACAGAGCUUCGCUGAUAUCUUGCCAACGUCGACGAUUACCUUCAAGGACACCGAAACGAUCCAUUCGUACACACAGUCGGUGGCCGACCCGGUUGCAAGAAUCGACUUCUUAGGCACUGUGAUCAACCAAUCACCGUCUGCUCCAAGGGUCGCAGCCUUCUCAAGUCGUGGACCGAACCGCUUUGCUCCAGAGAUCCUCAAGCCCGACAUGAUUGCCCCCGGUGUCGACAUCCUCGCUGCAUGGACCGGAGAAAUGUCGCCUACCAUGGCCAAUGUCAUCGACAAUAGGCGCGUCGAGUUCAACAUCAUCUCCGGCACGUCCAUGGCGUGCCUGCACAUGAGCGGCAUCGCCGCUAUGCUUAAGGUGGCACAACCGAGUUGGAGCCCAGCGGCAAUCAAGUCGGCCAUGAUGACGACGGCCUACAAUGUGGACAAUGAUGGCAAUGCCAUCAAGGACAUGGCCACGGGCCAGGCAGCCAGGCCGUUCGAGCUUGGGUCUGGCCACGUCGACCCCAACCGUGCCCUCGACCCUGGAUUGGUGAACAACACCACCGCCGACGAUUACAUAACAUUCCUCUGCAGCCUCGGCUACAACAGUAGUCAGAUCGCGCUCUUCACAAAUGACGGUUCGACGACAGACUGCUCGACCAGGCCACGGAGGUCCGUGGGCGACCUCAACUACCCGGCGUUCUCGGUGGUGUUCGUGAGGUCCGGAGAGCAGGUCACGCAGCGCCGCGCCGUGACCAACGUCGGGGCGAACACCAAUGUCAUGUACAACGUUACCAUCACCGCACCGCCCGGCACCACUCUCACGGUGACGCCAACGAGGCUCGCGUUCGACGCGCAGCGCAGAACGCUGGAUUACUCCAUCACCGUGUCGGCAGGGGCGACCAGCUCGUCCGAGCACCAGUGGGGAUCGAUCGUCUGGAGCGAUGGCCAACAUACGGUGAGGAGCCCCGUCGUGGCCACCUGGCAAUAA